AUGGAGGUCAAUCCGCCCGGAUUGCACCCGUCCUUGCCCAUACGAUCGAAUUUGAGCCUUCGCGAGAGCCCAAAGAAACUUGUAGUGACGAGGGAUCAGAGAUCGCAAAACGUGCUAGGCGAGGACGUGGGAAUCAACCGAUCACCCCCACAUGGCAGAAUCGCCAAUAAGCCGCGAGCUGGAGUGCACACCUCUCCUGUCGCGAGUGCUAGGCCCUUGCUUCCGCUGGGAGAGCGUAGGUUGGGAGAGCAGGGAGGCGGCAAGGUUAAGAAGAGCUUGGAAAGCGAGAAAUGGAGCCCCUCAGUUGAUGGAAUUGCAGUUGGUCGAGAGGGAAGGCAUUUUACAGUCGCCAAUGUGGACAACAACGGUCAAAUAUUCUUGAGGCCUGCUAUUCGCCCUGACAAUCAUAGAUAUCCCCAACCGCCCGUCACAUAUCCAAUCACUCCACCAAGUACAGCGGGGUUAGAAACCUUUACUCCUCUGAACGCGCAAUAUGCUGGAGUUGGUGAUUUACGCAGCAGUCAAUGGACCCCAACGCCUAUGACAGGCUCACCUUCGCCGAAUGGAAUACCAAAGACUGCCUAUUUUGAUUUUGGAACUUCUACCACUCGACAUCGUCGGGCUGUAUCUGACUCAACUGCCCAUGAUGUGACUCCCGGAUCAGAAGCAACUGGUGCAGGCGUUUUCAAGGUUGUGAUAUCGAAGCCACAGAACGAGGCCAAGUCGAAGACCGCUGAGGAUUUGGACCCAGGAACCGGGCCUUUUUUGCAAGUUUCAAUUCCAUCGUGGAAGUUGGGCACCCCAAGGUUUACACUAAGAGGUACACCACUUAUACGAGGCUCUUCGUAUGCCCCUACCGAGGAGAUGAGAUCAAGCCAUAUCUCUUUCCCCAGACCGUCGCCUAGAGAGAGAAUGAAUAACAUAUCCAAACCAGACACAGUUAACAGUUUGCAAAUGACAAGUCCUCUUCCAUCUCAAUCUCGGUACGCUUCACCUGCCUGGCUUGCCCUACCCGGUGACAGCCCACCCUCCCCAACAAUUAAGACAACGCGCCCUGUUUUUAUGCCUGCAAACUCAGUUAUCGAGCCGUCCAUGUUUGAUGCUCUCACUUUCGAGCCCGGGUGUGAUGAUCGUUUGAUUGUGCGCUAUGCACAAACCAGCAAGACUGUCACAGCCGCUACUCCACCUCGACUUGUUGCCGAAAUCACGUCACCUAGCUUCCUUGACUACGACCUCAUUUCCGAUUUUUUUCUAACCUUCCGCUCAUUCAUUGACACCACACAGCUUCUCCGCCUACUAGUCGCUCGGCUUCGAUGGGCUCUAUCCCAGAAUGACGAGUCGGGGAUGAUUGUGAAAGUGAGAACUUUCGUGGCGAUACGCCAUUGGAUUCUGAAUUACUUCGUGGAUGACUUCGUUGUAGACUAUCAUCUCCGUGUCACGUUUUGUGACCUUCUGAACGACUUCACUGAUGACUUGCCUACCUCUCAAUCGAAGCGGAAGGUUCCGUUUAAGAUCGUGGGCGAGUUGAAGAAAUGCUGGAGGCGCGUGUGCGCGCAGUAUUGGGAUGGGGCCGAAUUUGACGUAGACCUCGGGCAUGACGUGGCUAUUACGCCAGGUGGGAUAGCUGGUCACCGCCAUCCGAGUCUAACCCCCAGCUUCUGGGACACAGAUUCUUCCCAGGCACAGAUUGAUGAGGUUUCAUUGCAAAGCGCGGGUCCCACUCAAGGAACAAAGCAACCAGCUGAUGCAUCUAAUGGUGUUCAAGUCAAUUCUUUAUCCCGCGGCGACGCACGGCCUAGUACGCCUGAUGGGGGAGUUAAGCCGCUGACUCGACAUCCCGCAACGCCAAUGAGUACCGCAAGCCUCGAUGUUGUGUCCUGCUCAUUCCCAACGAAAACACUACGUCUAGGUGAUCCGAAUGCGAGCAUGUCUAUUGGAGCACAUCCUGUAGACCCCAGUUCGAUCUACACGAGCACGGAUCCUAUUGCCUCCACGCCUCAUGCUGUGACGGGAAAACGCAUACGACCACAGACUUCUCAUCGGCGGAAUAAUAGCCUAAGUGAUUCGCUGAGGGAACACGGCACCACCGCGGAGAAAGUCUCCUACAAGAAUGGCGAACUUCUUCUUACGCUUCCAUACGCUGGCAGUCUCGUGCGUGGGAAUCUCAUGCCUCCUGGUCAGCCCUUUGUUGAUCUAAGUAGCGUCUCUAGUAAAGGGGCUAGCCGUCAAACCACUCUUUUCCACCCACAGUCAACCAUCUCGGGAAAAAGGAAAGCUUCUGCUUCGGCGAUGUCAGGACAAGGUAUGCGGAAACUGCUAGGAAGUGUGCGAAGGGCUAUCAGCACCAGGGGUCCAGGUAUUUCGGAAACUCAAGGUAGCUUUAUCGAUAUUGCACCUAUCGGUCCCAGGGGGGCAACAACGAACAGACUUCCUGGUACUGCUGUUGUGCCACAACCGCAACGUUCGACCGCGAACGGUAUUCAACAACCUCAACGGAUCGACAUUUUAGGAGCUCAAAUCGCGGAAGAUUUCAAUCAAGCUGUUCGUGAAGAUGCUGCUGAGACGAAAACUGCAAGUACGUCAACUAGAAAUCGUGCUGGAGACGUUCAAUACAGUGUCGCUCACUUGGAUUCUUCGUUGGAGCUUCGGCCACGGAGCGAUGCCGCUAUCACCACAGGUAGUCAGUCGAUCGUUAUUGUCGAUGGCACUGUACCUCCUGAGUGCCUAGUCAUGACUGGGGCUUUGCCUCCAUUGAAUCCAUCGGUCGAAACAUUUGCAGAUAGCAUGAUACAUAUACAUGGCAGAAACCCGACACCACCAAUGACUCCACCUAGUGAUAGCAUGCGUGGGAACACUCCUAGGAGAUCAUCAUAUAUUCUCGGCCAACACGUCUAUGAGGCCUCUUUGAGCGUAGAUCCUUUACCAGUAGUCGAUAAGAGCAAAGUCGGUGGCAUGAAUGACAAUGUGAUGCCUGCUUGCAAUAUUGAUCACCAGGUCCAGUUUCCUGCCAGCGUCAUUGACCAGCAGUCUAACAAGCCGCCACCGGCUUAUCUCAAUCGACAUAGGAGGCAACAGUCUAGUCGCAGUCAUCGAUCACGAGGCUCUUUAUCACAGCGACAUUGGACGUCAAUCCACAGCGGAAGAUCGAGAGCGAAAAGCUUCGAUGCGACAACAUAUUCGGAAGGCUCAAUGAAAUCCGAAGUUAUGCCUCCGCCCUUGAGGAUGCUUCGACGCAAACCGGGAGGGGACUUAAGGGGCGCGGCAAAUACUGCUCAGCUUGAUUUUGUACCUCUUCGUAGAUCGCACUCUUUCGGUUCUCUGACAGUUUAUUCUGAAUCUCUGAGAAGUUCCUACAUUCAAAGUCCUGCCGGAAACUCUGAGGGGUUAGCCGAUCCAGUCAGCGACGACUACUCUCAAAAUCGCGGUGAAAUUUUCUCCUUAGGAGCUAUGGCCGACAAAGCCUCGAAACGGCCAUUAUCUCUUUUUAGCACUCAUUCAUCGAAGCCAAUCAUGCGGCCAUCGUUUGAGGCUGAAGCCCAGAAAUUAGCACAAAUCCCGGAUGACGUGGAUGAUGAUGGGGGCGUUGAAUCGGCAUUGCUCAAAUUGGAAGGAAAGUACGAAAGGAAGACAGUUAAGCUUUCUAUCGACCCACUGAACAUUCCAAGCAAAGACCUCCAGGCCCUAAGCGCUGGAUCCCCGCUAUCAGCGGGUAUUGACCAAGUUAGAGGCGAGAAGAAAAAGCAUCGCCAUCUACAUAUUGCGGAAGAAGAGGUACCAGACAUAUCACCAAUCGGCGACGAACCCGCUACUGACAACUUUGUGGAAAAUCACAUACCGCGCCAUUCGGUGAUCAGCUCCUUCUUGUCAGAGGACUCGCUAGAAACUUAUAAUUCAAUACCACUGCUUGACAGGGGAUUAACGGACGAAGGCCGCAGUAGGACAGACACUCUGGAAUGGACAAAUCAAUCCAUACUUGAGGGUCCCGACACCCCAGUAGACGAAUCAGAGGCUACGCUAUCAUUGUCCCCUGCGCAACACUCGUUCGAGUUCAUCAACAGAACCCAAAGUAUAGAGAGGGCCACGGAGCAUGCUCCGAUAGGCAAUCCUAGUGAGGAUCGUUCGUUUCUGGAUAUGGAGAGUGACAACGACUCGGAACUAUCUUCUGAGCUCUCUGUCGAAUUGAUUGACGAGAGCAAUUAUAUGCCUCGGCCGCUCUCGCCGAAUCAGAUUGGCGGACAACAUGUAAUAACACACAUACGCCAGACCUCGGGAACCAACUCAUAUCCAGAUGACGAGAGAUCUUCAAUCAAAUUAACCCUAGUGCAAGCCCUUCAAAUGUCGCCAGAGACAGAGCGUACACCGCAAAUUCGGGAACAUCAAAUCUGGUCCCAGAAACCGCUGCCCCCGACACCUGAUACGACCCCUACGGCUGCGAUGUACUACCAAGCUCUGGUUUCCCCAUCUGCGUCACUCGAUUCUCAUCGAGCUCCUAGCAACUCGGCUAAAUCGUUAGAACCAAUUGAGAAGCCGCCUUUACAUCUCCCCUUCAUUCUCGCCUUUGACUCUGAAAUUCUUGCGCAGCAGUUCACCUUGAUUGAAAAAGACGCGCUCAAUGAAGUCGGGUGGAAGGAGCUCAUUGAGAUGAAAUGGAAAGACUCACGCAAUGACCCACGAUCCUGGGUCGAUUUCCUCCGCAAUACCGAUGCAUGCGGCGUAGAGGUCGUUAUUGCGCGAUUCAACAUCAUGGUAAAGUGGGCUAUCUCCGAGAUUGUGAUGACAGAAGUGUUGGAGGAACGAGCUCGAUGCAUUAUUAAGCUUCUUCAUAUUGCUGCUCAUUGCAGGAAAUAUCGUAAUUUCGCAACUAUGAGUCAGAUCACAAUUGCCCUCACGUCCAACGAGGUUGCACGACUGUCGAAAACAUGGAGCAUGGUUCCCUUGACAGACAUGGAAACUAUGCGCGAGCUCGAAACACUCAUCUUGCCAACCAAGAACUUCUACAACCUUCGGGCAGAAAUGGAAGGCGGUGGCAAUGCAGCCGAUACUGGUUGUAUCCCUUUCAUCGGCAUUUAUACUCAUGACCUACUGUUCAACUCUCAGCGACCAUCCGAAAUUGCCAGUUCACCAACUACCCCGCCACUUGUCAACUUUGAACGGUGCCGAAUUGCUGCAUCGAUUGUCAAGACCUUACUUCGAUUGCUAGAAGCAAGCACGUACUAUCAGUUCCAGCCUAUCGAGGGUAUAACUGAACGCUGCCUUUGGAUGGGCGCAUUGACCGACGAGGAGAUCCGAAAAAGAUCUGAUAGUUUGGAGUAACAAACGCUAGUCACGACAGUUAUUGUAAACAGCGAGAAAUUACAACAGGAACAAUGCCGAGAUUACACACAGGUUCGAAUUGUAUAACAUGCAUGUACUCAUGGUCUGGU